UCAAAUAUUCAGAAUGAAAUAGAUUUUGUGUUAUCUGUGUAGUGUACAUGGUAUGGUGUUAGCAGCCGAACAGCAGUCAUUUCAUUAAUAUAUUUUUAAAUAAGCACAUAUUACCCACAGAAAUAUCACCAUGUCGUUGAUGAAGACAAAUAUGCUGGUGCGCUCGCUAAGCACUUCAUCUGCUGCAGCUCAACUUGUCAAACCUCCUGUACAAGUUUUUGGUUUGGAGGGCAGAUAUGCAUCAGCUCUGUAUUCAGCAGCUUCAAAAAAGAAGACCUUGGAUACAGUUGAAAAAGAACUCAAGCAAUUUCAAGAGGCUAUUAAAGCCGAUGCCAAAUUGAAGGAGUUCCUCAUGAACCCUACUAUUAAAAGGUCUUUGAAAGUAGAGGCUUUUAAACAUUUGUCUUCGAAAACAAGCAUGUCCCCAACCACAGGUAAUUUAAUGGGACUUAUGGCUGAAAAUGGACGAUUGAAAAACCUUGAGGGUGUUAUUAAUGCAUUCAAAAUCAUGAUGUCUGCUCACCGAGGAGAGGUUAAUUGCGAAGUUAUAACUGCCAAGCCCCUGGAUCAAACUCAAAAGCAAAACUUGGAAAGUGCCCUCAAGAAAUUUGUCAAGAGCAACGAGUCUAUCCAACUUACCACCAAAGUGGACCCAUCUUUGAUUGGAGGUAUGGUUGUGUCUAUUGCGGACAAAUAUGUUGACAUGAGCAUUGCCAGCAAAGUGAAAAAAUACACUGAAGUCAUCAGUGCUGCUGUUUAAUUUGGCUAAAAUAAAGAGAAUUUGUAGCCAGAAAUUAUUUAUGUGGUUGGAAGUAGUCCUGUUCUAUAUUGAUUAAAAAUAAUAUAAGUGGAGAUCAAAUCA